AUGGCACUCUUUGAUUUGCCUCGUGUCGUCUGCCUUGCAAUCACUGCGCAGAAGGUCUCUGUUCAUCUCCACAGAGAUCACUGUCUGACCAAUAAGGUAGGCAUCAACAGUCCCUGGCUCCUUCAAAGGAUGCAAAAGUGGAAGGACCACUCCUCACACUGCAGAGGAUCUCCCUCUACCACAACGCGGAAGCGACGACAGGGUACUCUGACGAAAGAUGCACAGUCCAGCUUGAGCAUAUUUGGCGUGACAAUCUCUCGAAAUAACACGGAAAAUUAUACCACUCUUGCUUGGCAAACGUUCAGUGGAAGACUGGCCGUUACUGUUGAUUGGACGCAUCCGGAUCAAUGA